CCUUAUGGAUAAAGGGCAGUUAACUCUGUUUUAACAAAAGAAGCUGAAAUCUACGUCACAGUAAUGUGAUUUAUUACGUCAUAUCAUUAAUGGAAUACGGUGCACAAAAUGUGUUGUUCAAUAGAACUCAGCGAAAGAGGAAGACGUAUUCUUGGGUUGGUGAUAUGUUUUAUAGACGCAAUUCUGGCUGUUGCUGGUGUAAUCGUUGCAGCACUGAGUGUUUACUUAAGCUCGCACCUGGAAACUAAUAUGAAAUUUCUGCACGACUAUGACACAGGGACGGUGCCAACCUUUCUUUUAAUCGUUGGAAUCGCUAUGCUUAUAUUAGGAUCACUGUUUUCUAAAGCAGCGUUUGACUCUGCAUUUCCUGACUCAAGAGGAAGAUUUCAAACCUUUUUAGUGUUUUUCCUUGCAGCAAAAUUCAUUAUGACUGUGAUCGUUUUCUCUGCAUCAAUGGUAUGCUUUACUCAUCGAUCUGUAAUUGAUGAAUCUCUUAAGAAUGGGCUAUAUUCAGUAAUGAGACUUUAUAAGAAAGAUAUGGAACUUAAAGUAUUGAUAGAUAAAUUACAAAUUCAGUACAUGUGCUGCGGAAGCGAAAACUACGUAGACUGGUUCACAACUAGUUGGGUAAACGAAGAAUUUCUUGAUGUGGAUGACGAAAAUAUCAAAAGCAAAAUGGAAAAUGGACUGUAUAUGGGUAAAGAUGUUCCAUUUAGUUGUUGCCAUGUGCACUCUUCUAAACCAUGCAUUCAUCGUAAUGUGGUCAAGGGAACUCGCGUUAAAUACAAGCCAACAUUGUACACUCAAGGAUGUGCUGGAACCCUGAUAGAAUUCUUUGAAUCCGAAAUUCUGGAGCCUUCUGGAUUUUUUAUAUUGACUGCCUUUUUUCUUCAAAUGUUUUCAGCAAUCCUGUUGCGUUAUUUGCACACAUCCAUUGAUGAUGCUGCACUAAUGGACCCAGAAGGAAUCGGAACGGCCAAAUGUUGUCCAACAGUAUGUGCAGGAGAUUCUAUGAAGUAUGUUGAAAGCAGCGGAGGGGCUCCUCUCCUUGAUGAUGAUGAUGAUGAUGAUGAUGAUCGUCAACAUGCUGGAAGAGAAGAAAUGGGUGAUUUUCAGACAGAAGAUAAUGAUGACUCAGCAAAAGAUAUGACUGCUUUUGAAAAUUUCAUGGGUGGUGGAGGUGGUGGUGGUGGUGGUGGUGAUGAUGGUUCACAUGAUGGAGAAGGUAAAGACAAAGAAACAAAAAAGGAAAAGGGAAACAAAGAUGAGAAAGAAUCAAAAAAAGAAAAAGAAAAGAAAGAUGAAAAAGAAUCCAAAAAGGAAAAGGGGAACAAGGAAGAGCAAGACUCAACAAAGGAAAAGGGAAAAAAAGAUGACAAAGAAUCAGCAAAGGAUAAAGAUGGGAAAGAUUCAACAAAAGAAAAAGGAAAAAAAGAUGAGAAAGAAACAAAAAAAGAAAAGGGAAACAAAGAUGAGAAGGAAUCAAAAAAGGAAAAGGGAACCAAAGAUGAGAAGGAAUCAAAAAAGGAAAAGGGAAAUAAAGAUGAGAAGGAAUCAAAAAAGGAAAAGGGAAAUAAAGAUGAGAAGGAAUCAAAAAAGGAAAAAGGACAUAAAGAUGAGAAGGAAUCUAAAAAGGAAAAAGGACAUAAAGAUGAAAAAGAAUCUAAAAAGGAAAAGAAAGAAGAGAAAGGAAAAGGAAAAAGUGAUGAGAAAGAAAAAAAGAAGGAAAAGGGAAACAAGGAAGAGAAAGACAAAAGAAAGGAGAAAGGAAACAAAGAUGAGAAAAAAAAGAAAAAGUCAUCUGAAGGUCAAGAGAAGGUUGAUAAAAACAAAGAGACAAAAAAUAAAACCAAAAAUAAAGAGGAAAGCAAAAAAUCAACAGCUGAUAAAUCACAAAGUAAAAAGAAAACAAAGGGAAAAGCAGAUGAGAGGUCUCGCAAAGAUAAAUUUGAAAAGGAUAAAUCAAAAAAAGAUACAUCGAAAGACAAAUCUAAGUCAAAGGAAAAGUCUAAAUCUAAGGAAAAAUCCAAAUCAAAGGAAAAAUCUUCAUCUAAAGAAAAGUCAAAGUCUAGGGAUAAAUCAAAGUCUACAGAAAAGUCAAAAUCUAGCAAGAAAUCCAGAGAAGAUAGGUCUAAAUCAGGAAAAAGAUCUACUCAAGAUAAGUCAUCAAAAUCAAAAUCUAGAAGCAAAUCUCCUAAAAAUGAGUCAAAAGGUAAAAAAAAGGCCACUUCUGGUAAAAGUAAAUCCAAAUCACCACCCUCUAGGUCUAAGACGAAGAAGAGCAAAUCAGCGUCACCAAGAAAUAAAUCCAAGUCACCUGCUAAGAAGUCACCUGCUAAAAAGUCACCUGCGAAAAAGUCACCGAAAAGGAAGUCACCAGCUAAGAAGUCACCAAAAAGGAAGUCACCGGCUAAAAAGUCACCGAAAAGAAAAUCUCCAGCAAAAAAAAAGUCACCUAAAAGACGUAAAACAAAGCGCAAAUAGACUAUUUCUAUAAAUACAGAGAAAUAUUAUGUGUGAGUGUAUAGAAUGUUGCCGUAUCUUAUGGAUCGAGUGCCAAAAAAAAUGAUUCACAUAAAAGAAAUUUUGUAUUGUAUAUUCAAUGUAUUAAGUUGUUGUGUGUGAAAAUUCAAUUGUCAUGAACCCAUUCAAUGUAAAGUGUUACAUAAUCAGAUGUUAUAAUAAUUAUAAAUGCCAUCAACAUUUAAA